GGUACACCCAUGGUUGAACUUGAACUGGAGAGGCAGUAGCCAGAGUGUGAGCUGACGGCGGACGUGCUCGCCUCUCCUCUCCUCACAUUUCCGGCUCCCCUCUCCGCAUUCCAUGGCACCGCAUUACCGGUAUUUUUAGCCGCCGGAGGAGACGGGUUGCGUAGAGAGAGGGGAAACCAGAGCUCCUGACUGUUCCUCUCUCCCUCCUCACGGGCGGGCUCCGUCUGUUCCGUCCAUCCACCGCCCCGGUCGUCUCCCGGCCAGAUCCCUCUCCUGCAAGGUUUCUUUGCGAGUGGCCGGAGAAGAUGAUGGGCGGGUUCCUCUCCAGGGUCCUCCUGUAAGCGCUCUAUUGCUCCGAAUCUUGUAGCAUGUUGUUUGUAGAUUGACAUGUUGAGGUUGGAGCCUUAUCAGAGGCAUGAGUUUCGGGUUUGAAUUUGUUUCCUUGAAAUGGGAUUUUGUGGGUGCCCAUUCAGAGAGUUCAGUCUCUUCUUGGUUUAAACUCUUCAUUCGUUCUUAACAUACUGCUUUCUUAAAAAAAUGAGGAGAUGCGUUCUGUCUUAUCGAUUUGUCCCCCUGGUUAUUCGCCGGAAAAUGAGGCUAAGAGCACGCAACCAUUCAAAAGUAUUUUAUUGUUCUCGAGGAGCAUGGGAGCAAGUUUUCAAUGCAUUGCACAACGGGCAAAGGGGGUGAGGGCAGCAGUGUCACACAGAAGAGACAGGCGGCGCGACGCAACAAGGGUGACACACAGAAGAAACUAGGAAAUGUCUAUUCACACUUGAAUGAGAAAUGAAUGCACCAGAUUUAAAGUGCUUAUAUGAGCACAAGAGCUCCAUGAGUACAUGAUACGUUCCCUUAUUCUUUAUGAUGAUGUUCUAUUAAUCAUAUUUCUUCAAACGGUUAAGAUCGGAGAAUGCUGCCGUAUGCGUUAAGAUAUGUCGAAUUGCUGUGUUCUUUUUUUUUAUCUGUGACCUGCUUCAUCAAGAACUAGAUUUGAUCCUGUCCAUCUGUGUGUUGAUGAUUUAUCUAUCUUUUUGAGCGCAUCUAAAGUGCUAGUCUAUUGAAGGAUACUUUGAUACUAAAACCAUGCAGCUUUAGAUUGGCAGCUUUUCUUUUUGUGAUUUAUUACAGAAUAAAGGAAAGAAAUAAAACAAAUAGUUUUCCCCCCUGAAAUGCCAACUUACUGUAUGAGAAAGAACAGGUUUUUGUCAUAAUAUACAAGUGCUAACAUGCCAUUUAUCUUCCGGCAUUUGAUAUGCCAAUUUCCUGUAGGCUGGCUUUUGGCUAUGCCUAUCCUGCCUAUGAAUGCUACAAGACCGUUGAACUGAACAAACCACAGAUUGAGCAGCUCAUAUUUUGGUGUCAGUAUUGGAUUUUAGUUGCCCUGUUGACAGUUUUGGAGAGAUUUGGAGAUUUUACAAUAUCAUGGCUACCGUUUUACUCAGAAGCAAAGGUGUUGUUCUUUGUAUAUUUGUGGUACCCUAAGACAAAGGGAACUACGUAUGUUUAUGGAACUUUCUUUAAGCCAUAUAUUUCUCAGCAUGAGAAUGAAAUCGACCGAAAUCUUCUUGAGCUCAGAGCUCGAGCCACCGAUAUGGUUGUCCUUUACUUCCAUAAGGCUGCUUCGGUAGGGCAAAAUACUUUCUUUGACGUUUUAAAAUAUGUUGCUGCCCAGUCCCCUUCUCGGAAAUCAAGGCUGCACCCUCAUCAGGAACCACAGCAGCAGCAACCACAAGUGCAGGUGGAGCUGCAGCAGCCGCAACCACAAAAACAAGCAGCACCUGUUAUGCGCAGAGGAGCAUCUAUUGCUGCUCGGCAAGCAGCAAUGGCACAGCAAUCUCUGGAGACUAUACCCGUUCCAUCUUCACCCAAGAUCAAGCGUCAAACAUCAGGGAGACCUGGUUCGGUGGCAUCCACAAAGCCUGCAGCAGCUGCAUCCACACCAAAACCUGGCGGUAGCCCAAAGAAAGGUGAGGUCAAACCUGCUGUCGACCCAGUUCAAACUCCAGCCACAAGUGCAGAUUCACCAAAAUCCGAGCCUAGUGCCCCACCACUUUCUGAGACCGAAGAAGUAGACAACAUGGCAAUCGAUGAGGUCAGUGGUGAUGCUGCAGAGGGCGCGGAAGAGCUUGACCCUGCGCUCGAGGAGACGCCGAUGGAGGAGACGAUCCGUGUGACGCGCGCCAAGCUAAGGAGGCGCACGGCCACCGAGGAUUCUGCUGGGAAUUAGCUGCAUGCCGUUGUUUUCCCUGCACAUUGUAUUGAUCUUUUUCCGAGUUUUAGGCUCACAUGUUGUUUGCUGGAAUGGAGAUAUGUUGUUGUUCACUUGGUUCUUGUGACACAGAGUUAAUUAUCUUAUUUCCGUGCUUUCUUAGUACCUUUUUGUGUGAUUUAAGUUGUAAAUAACAGUUCCCCUCCGCAUUUGUAUAUAGUUUAGCGGCAUGGGCAACGAAUGCCUGUAAUUGCAACAUUACACGCUUCAAUCUGGUCACUCCUUGGGUAUC